AUUGGCAAGCAACAACAACACUUGUUUGAGUUUGUUGAUCUCGCUGGGUAAGUCACUGGGCGGAGAGGUUUGGCAAGCAUUUGCGAGGCAAUGAAUUUGCUUCGAGGAAUCCUUUGUUUAUUUGCAAGUUAUAUCCCAUUAGCUCUUGGUUCAUAUGGAGACAGGCAUUACAGCUUUCAGAGCUGCCUCAGCUCCAAUAAACCCAGGUGCAAUGAGCAAGGCUAUCCAGCCAUCCUUCCUUGGUACCUUAGAAUUUUUGGCUGGCAGUGUCUAGAUGAACUAAAAUACCAGUGCAUGCAUAAAACAACAGAAAUGAUCUUGGAAAAAAAUGGUCCUGUCUUUCAAUAUUAUGGGAAGUGGCCUUUUGUCAGAUUUCUUGGUAUUCAGGAGCCAGCAUCAACACUAUUCUCAAUAGGAAAUCUUCUUGCUCAUGUGCUUGGAUGGGGAAAGUUUUCAAAAUCUGUUGAGAAACACUAUAUUCUAUAUGAGUCUUCAAGGCUAUAUUUUGUACUAAGCAUAAAUGCCUGGUUUUGGUCUUCAGUUUUCCACACAAAAGAUACAAAUUUCACAGAGAAAAUGGAUUAUUUUUGUGCAACUUUGGCUGUCAUGAGCUCAAUUUUAUUUUGCUUUAUAAGAAUAAUAGGAAGACAGACAGACCAGAGAUGCAUCUUGUUUGCUUCAGGAUUGGCUCUUCUUUAUGCAUAUCACAUAUAUACAAUGGGAUACAUAAAAUUUGAUUAUGGAUAUAACAUGAAAUUUAAUGUUUUUAUUGGAACAACUAAUGCAAUCAUGUGGUUAAUAUGGUGCUUUGUGAAACGUAAAGAGAGGCCCUAUGUGUGGAGAUGUGCUCUGGUAGUUUCAUCUGUUUAUCUUUGUGUAGGACUUGAGUUGUUUGAUUUCCCCCCAUUGUGGUGGACUUUUGAUGCACAUUCACUUUGGCACCUUGCAACAAUACCCUUCUGCUACUUUUGGUACAGCUUCUUGAUUGAAGAUGGGAAAUAUGAAGCAUCACUAGUGAAACGAUUAUAAAGUACUUGGUAGAGAUUAUUAGUAAUUCACCUAAAACUUGUCGUGUCUGAUUAAUUAUGAUCAAACCGACUCCUAGUAGGUUUUUACAAAUUCUCAAUUUUUGUCUGAGGACUUGUUUUUAAAUGUACAAGAGACCAAGAGAGCUACAAAUUAAAACAGUGCAGAAUCUUGCAUAAAUACAUUUACAAACAAUUAGUAAAGCCCUUUAUUUACUCUGCUGUGCUUUAUUUACUUGCACCAACAAAGAAUGUUGCAAAUCAAACUGAAUCAGUGCAAGAGGUGUUAUUACAAAAACAAUAUAGCAUACAAAGGCUUAGUAUAAAUUAACAAAAGUUGGUUUGGCAAAUGUUGUAUCCCACGCCAAAUCAAAAGAAUGGAUUUUCAUUGCCAAUAUACACUAAAUUUAGGUACCUAUAAAUGUUAACUAAUGACAGAAAUUAUGUGAGGGCUACCCCUUCCCUUAUUUGACAUGACUCUGAAAAUUCACCAACAAUGUUGGAUCAUUUUGCAUAAGGAAUCAAAGGGGAUAGGCAACUCUAAUAUAAAGCUUAGAAAAUUCACUGUGCUUGCCUUGUUGCUAAAAGAAAUUCAACUUUCUUCAACCAAAGGAAACAUUGAUACAUUGAAGAUAAUGCAAAGAUACGAAUUGUAAUAUAGUGAUAUGCAAAUUGUUGUGUAAUUAUGUCUUUUAAGCUAAAGAAAACUAUGAUUUCAGUCAUUUUGACAACUAAUCUUUUGUGCUUUGUACAUUUUUCAUUCAAAAUAAAAUGCAAUUUCCACACUCA